UCCUUUUUGUCCCCUACUGCGAGCGGUGUCGGUUCCCGUGCGGAAGUGGUGGCCGUGAGGGAAGAACAUGGCGGCUACUGCACCCGGUGCAGCGGCUAAUCGGGCCAACAAGCUCAGCGGCCCUGGGCCAGGAGGCGGCGGAGGCGGCGGUGGGGGAGCCAAAGGGACGGAGGAGGAACCGCCGCCGCCCCUGCAAGCAGUUCUGGUGGCAGAUAGCUUCAAUCGCCGCUUCUUCCCCAUCUCCAAGGACCAGCCCCGGGUACUCUUGCCCCUGGCCAAUGUAGCACUACUUGACUACACUCUGGAAUUUCUGACUGCCACAGGUGUACAGGAAACCUUUGUCUUUUGUUGCUGGAAGGCUGCUCAAAUCAAGGAACAUUUACUGAAAUCCAAGUGGUGCCGCCCUACAUCCCUCAAUGUGGUUCGAAUAAUUACAUCAGAAUUAUAUCGAUCACUGGGGGAUGUUCUCCGUGAUGUUGAUGCCAAGGCCUUGGUGCGCUCUGACUUCCUUCUGGUGUAUGGGGAUGUCGUCUCAAACAUCAAUAUUACUAGAGCCCUGGAAGAACACAGAUUGAGGCGGAAGCUAGAAAAAAAUGUAUCUGUGAUGACAAUGAUCUUCAAAGAGUCAUCCCCUAGCCACCCAACUCGUUGCCAUGAGGACAAUGUGGUAGUGGCUGUGGAUAGUGCCACAAACCGGGUUCUCCAUUUCCAGAAGACCCAAGGCCUUCGACGGUUUUCUUUUCCUCUGAGUUUGUUCCAGGGCAAUGGAGAUGGAGUAGAGAUUCGCUAUGAUUUACUGGACUGUCACAUCAGCAUCUGCUCUCCUCAGGUGGCUCAACUCUUUACAGACAACUUUGACUACCAAACUCGAGAUGACUUUGUACGAGGCCUGUUAGUGAAUGAGGAGAUCCUAGGAAACCAGAUCCACAUGCACGUGACAACUAGGGAAUAUGGUGCCCGGGUCUCCAACCUGCACAUGUAUGCGGCAGUCUGCGCUGAUGUCAUCCGCCGAUGGGUCUACCCUCUCACCCCAGAGGCAAACUUCACUGACAACACAACCCAGAGCUGCACUCAUUCCCGGCAUAACAUUUACCGAGGGCCUGAGGUCAGCCUGGGCCAUGGCAGCAUCCUAGAGGAAAAUGUGCUUCUGGGUUCUGGCACUGUCAUUGGCAGCAAUUGCUUUAUCACCAACAGUGUCAUUGGCCCUGGCUGCCACAUUGGUGAUAACGUGGUGCUGGACCAGGCCUACCUGUGGCGGGGUGUCCAAGUGGCUGCUGGAGCACAGAUCCAUCAGUCUCUGCUCUGUGACAAUGCUGAAGUCAAGGAACAAGUUACACUGAAGCCACGCUGUGUUCUCACUUCCCAGGUGGUAGUGGGCCCAGACAUCACGCUGCCUGAGGGCUCGGUGAUCUCUUUACACCCUCCAGAUGCAGAGGAAGAUGAGGAUGAUGGUCAGUUCAGUGAUGAUUCUGGGGCUAACCAAGAAAAGGAGAAAGUGAAACUGAAAGGUUACAAUCCAGCAGAAGUUGGAGUUGCUGGCCAGGGCUACCUCUGGAAAGCUGCAGACAUAAACGUGGAGGAGGAAGAGGGACUACGGCAGAAUUUGUGGGGACUCAAAAUCAACGUGGAAGAAGAGAGCGAAACUGAAAGCGAGCAGAGUAUGGAUUCUGAGGAGCUAGAUAGCCGAGAGGGCUCCCCACAGUUGGAUGACAUCAAAGUAUUCCAGAAUGAAGUCCUAGGAACACUACAGCGGGGCAAGGAAGAGAACAUUUCUUGUGACAAUCUAGUCCUAGAGAUCAACUCUCUCAAGUAUGCCUACAACAUAAGCCUAAAGGAGGUGAUGCAGGUACUGAGCCAUGUGGUCCUGGAGUUCCCCCUGCAGCAAACGGAUUCCCCGCUGGACCCAAACCGUUACUGUGCCCUGCUGCUUCCCCUGCUCAAGUCCUGGAGCCCUGUUUUUAGUAACUACAUAAAGCGUGCAGCUGAUCAUCUGGAAGCACUGGCAGCCAUUGAGGACUUCUUCCUGGAGCAUGAAGCUCUUAGUACUUCCAUGGCCAAGGUACUCAUGGCUUUCUACCAGCUAGAGAUCCUGGCUGAGGAAACAAUCCUGAGCUGGUUCAGCCAAAAGGAUAUGACUGACAAGGGCCGACAGUUGCGCAAGAACCAACAGCUGCAGAGGUUCAUCCAGUGGCUAAAAGAGGCAGAAGAGGAGUCAUCUGAAGAUGACUGAAGUUGCACUUCCUGCUUCUGUGGGUGUGGUUGAUGGCUCUCCUGGCUUCUGGGCCAGAGCAAAUGAGAAGCUAGUUGCCGAAGGAUGAGUGACCGCCAUCCAAGAUGAGACUUAAAGGAGCAGAGGCCGGAACUACAGUAUUCAUCCCACCGCCAGCAACCAUGUGCCUCCCAUCCUGACCGAGGAGUUGGGGAAAGGGAAGUUGGGCUGCAACAAAACUCUGCCUAAAGAGGAGCGAGGCAGGCCCUGCAGUUAGAGGAAGCCCAGAGGAACGGUUUUGUGCUCUGGCUUUCCCUCAGGGAACAGCAGAGAGCAGCUGGCCCUUUCUGCUGCUUGUAUUUGUUAAUAUUAAAAAAGAGAGAGAGGGAUGUAUUUGGUUUCUCUCCCAACUCUGACUGAUCAGCUCGUGUUAUAGGUGAACAGAGUUCUGAACCUGGCAGCUUUUCCCUAACACCUGGGGGAGAAGGAGAAGUGGGGUGUGUUUAACAGCCACUAGGUGGUACUGUGGUGCCUUGCCAACUGACCAUCGUCAUGGCUCAUGGGUAGUUAGAGGCCUAGAUUGUCUUCCUGCCUCUGUGGACCAAUUUGUGGUCCUGGAGUGGUGUGCCUGAGCCUAUUUCCGUAGAGAGUCCUAUCCAAACACUUUUCCUGCCAGAGGGUGAUGAUCCAAGCAUAUGUCUAGUCCAUUAACCAGCUCCCAGUCCCUCACAUGCUUUGUCCAGUUGACCCAUUAUUAUCAGGGAAGCUGGGAUAUUCAGCAUCUUCAAGAUGAGGAAGUUUACUUAAGGUCUCAAGACUCUUGAAAGGAGUAAAGCUAAGGACUUGAAUCUUAUAAUCAAGAAUUCUGUUUCAGCAUAUAUUCAGUGUCUCAGUGAAGGGAAAUUGCCUCCAGAGGCAAAUAUAACCCCAAGCCAGCAGUGGGUAUCCUAAGAACAGAGGAAGAUCCUAUGAAAUUGGCUUUCUCCUAAUAUUGAGUGAGUGUUUACUGUAUGAUAAGCAUUUUGCUAAAUACUUUUCAUGUGUUUAGCUAAACUUCACAGUAGAUUAUGUAGGUCUUAUCUCCAUUUUCAGAUGAGCCUAACGUUCAGAGGUGUCCCAUAACUUGUCAUUGAUAGAGCCAUGCUGGAGUUUGCUGUUUUGCUCUGUAGUCUCCUUUAACCUCAGCUAUGAGACAUGCCCUUCUGUCUCACCUCUUUUAGCUCUUUGUUGUUGUCCUAAAUCCCUUACCCUAUUGACACUUAAACAGUGACAGAUGUUACUGGUAACGAGUGGCCCUCCUGAACAUCACAGAUAAAAUGGUUGCUAGUGUUCAUUUUAUUUGGGUAGAAAGGAGUAAGCUAAGGAAAAUGAUACUGAAUUGUACUCGGGUGUGAGGGGCAUUACUGAAUAUUUCUAAAGAGGAAAAAACAGGAGCUUAAUUUACUUUUCUUCUUCAGUAUAUCUUCAGUUUUUGCUUUUCAGAUACAAGACCUAGUUCCUAGAGGGCAUAUAAAGGUUAUGGCAUGGACUACGAGGAGCAGUUAAAUACAAAUAACUUAUAGGGUACCUCUUAUUUGGACCUGAUGAGUAGCAGGGCUCAGAGUUGGCCUACAGAACUUCUUUAGAAGGAAUAGAUUC